GGACGAAGGGGCGUCAACCCGGAGACACCGAGGAGGUCCGGAGCAGGAGGAGCAGGAGGAAGAGGAGCAGGAGGAAGGAGGAGGAAGGAGACGGUGGCCGCAGACAGAGGCUCGAGGAGGAGAAGGAUGGAGGAGGAGGAACAACCUGUAGCUACUGAGUAAAGGAGGAGCAGAGGAGGAGGCGUUGAUCUCAGCCAUGGAGACCACAGAGACCCCGGAGCCAGACCGGACCUGCGGGGAUCUGAGCCCCCUCCUCAGCGCGGAGAACUGUUACCGCGUCCUGGCCGCGGCCAAGCGGGGGGGCGCGGAGGGCGAGGUGGAGCGGGUCUACCGCUACAUGAGCCUCCACUACCUGGAGGUGCUGCGGACCCCCUCCGUGUACGGGAGGCUGACUGCGGGGGAGCGGGAUCUGAUCCUGGCCCGGAGGAUGGAGGGGAGGAAGGUGUUGGCGGUGGCCGAGAGCAGCGAGGUGUCGGAGGGCAGCCCCCCCGAGGACGCGAUCCAGCGGCGGGUGUUCUGCCUCCACAUGGACACCCAGCGGUGGGAGGUGCUGACCCGCCUCCCCGAGGAGGUCCCGGACAGAGGCUCCGGGAUGUGCACCCUCUACAACUACCUGUUCGUGGCGGGGGGCGUGAGCCGCUCCGGGGCGUCGGACCGGGUGUUCUGUUACAACCCGCUGACCGGAGCCUGGAGCCGGGUGCGGCCGCUGAGCCAGCCCCGCUGCCAGCUCCGCCUGGUCCCCAUGGACGGACACCUGUACGCAGUGGGCGGGGAGUGUCUGUUCACCGUGGAGCGCUACGACCCGAGGACGGACCGCUGGUCUCCGGUGGCCCCCCUGCCCAGAGGCUCCUUCGCAGUGGCGCACGAGGUGGCGGUGUGCGGGGGGGAGCUGUUCGUGUCGGGGGGGUCGCUCUUCUACCGGAUGCUGCGCUACGACUCCCGCCGGGACGAGUGGGAGGAGUGUCCGUUCAACGAGAGCCGGCGGCGGUCCGCGGACAUGGUGGCGCACCGCAGCCUCGUGUACCGCUUCGACGUGGACCGGGAGCGCGCGGGUGUGAGCGUGUACCGGUACAACACGGUGGUGAAGGCGUGGCUCGGGGGGGACUCCUUCCCGCUCCAGAACCCGCAGCCGUUCCGCUGCGCGGUGCUCGGGGACCGGAUCUUCUGCGUCAACCGGAGCCAGACGCUGCAGUUCGAGGUUCGGGAGGAGCGGGAGGGGUUCCUGCCCGAGGUGCUGCCCUCCCCGGGGGAGGCCCGGGGGGCGUUGGAGCCCUUUGUCCUCACCCUGGGUACUGACACCGCUGCGGGACCCGGUACUGACCGUGAAAACUGACCCGGCACUGAAGCUCCAGAUGUUCCUCCGUUCCGAGGUGCCUUGUAGUUCCUGGAUCUGAUCUACGUCACUGUCUGACUAAGUGACGUCACUAUCUCUAAUCAAUAAUCAAUCAGAUCUUUUCAGUUUCCACAGGUGGAACUAGAAAUGACGUCAUCGGUGUAGGAGCAUGGUGAUGAUGCUGAUGAACUUGUGCAUGAUUGUGAACUUUACUCUGAAAACCCUUGUAGAAGUUGAUCUGGCUUCAUGAAUAAAUUAGAAUUUCAAAAUAAAACAAGUUUCUUUCUAAA